AUGAUCUGUUUAUUAGUGUUGUUUCUGCAAAUGACUAUAAGUUUAGCAGCGAAAGAACCGCGCCAAAUAACAUUAGCAAGCCAAGGGACGAUAGCGGGAAUGUAUAUUACGAGAUUCCGGACGAAAAGGAUAGCGGCUUACUUAGGAAUACCUUACGCUCAGCCUCCAAUUGAUUUUAGAAGAUUUACUCCUCCGGAAUAUACGGCUUUGCCUCAAUGGGAUGGUGUGAAGAAUGCGACGAAAUAUGCCCCGGAUUGUAUGCAAACCGAUCCGCAGAAGGAGGAUGUGCAGUUCCCUGUAAAAAAACAUGAUGAUUUGUUUAUGAAAUUGUUGGAAUCACAGAGCGAAGAUAAAAGGAAAAAGGAGUACUCAGAGGAUUGUCUUUUUUUGAACGUGUAUGUCCCUGAUGGUAAGUAA